AGCUGAAUAUCUCUGUGAACAACGCGCUUCGUGAAACCCAGGAACUGGCUCCUGGCAGUCCAGUGGUGGUCGAUCGACAGGUGCCGCGCACUUUAACGCACAUGGAAACCAGGGAACUUUUGCGUGGCAUUCCGCUUGAAGAUGGCACGCUGUUGCACAAGAUUUUUGCCGAUCAGCCUCGCAGAGCUUCCGACAUCAUAUUUCCCACAAAAGAUGCUAGUUGGUACGCUUGGUGGCGCUUCUUCACCGAAAUUUGCAGGAUCAUCGUGGGGCAUCAGUGGUUCGAGUUGUUGAUCUCGCUGGCCAUCAUGGUGAACUCGGUGAUGCUGGGCGUGGAAAGCCAGAUGUCACUGACACAUGCUAGGGAGGACCUUGCCUGGGCCAGGAUUGCCGAGCUUUGCUUUUUGGCGAUUUUCACAGUUGAGAUUCUGCUGAGAUUGGCUGCACGUGGAUGGAGAGUUAUAAAGGAUGGAUGGUUUCUAUUUGACAGUACGCUUGUGAUCAUCGCAUGCAUUGAGCAGUUCGUCGAGUUAUUUUCCAACGGCAAUCAUUCAGGGUACGAACAACAGGUGCUAGUCCUUCGAACCACGCGCCUUUUUCGUUUGAUCCGGACGUUUCGAAUGAUAAAGCAGAUCAGAUCUGUGUGGAGAUUGGUAUAUGGUCUCAUUACAUGUGGCGAGACCAUAACAUCUACAUUUAUUUUGCUUUUCAUCGUUUUGUAUGUGUUUGGCGUUAUGGGCCAUGAGCUGAUAACCAAAGAUGGCGAGCUGCGGAAAGAUCCAGAGAUAGACGCACUUAUCGUCAACAACUUCAGUUCACUCCCCUUGGCCAUGAUGACAUUGGUUCGAUUUGUCACGAUGGAUUCUAUAUCUGUAAUCUAUGCGCCUUUGAUACAGGCAAAGGCAUUAGUACUGGGCUUGUACUUUGGCCUGCUGAUUUGCGUUGUCUCCAUUUCCCUUAUGAACCUUGUUACGGCAGUGAUGGUUGAAGGGGCUCUCGAGCAUGCUCGCCAAGAGAAAGAGUAUCUUGAUGUGGUCAACAACGUUUGGUCUACCAUGGAGUCCUUUUUGCGGCUCCGCACGAAUGAGGAGAAGAGUCAAAUCUGGGCUCGCUCUCCUGAGGCUUUGGCAAAGCUGGAUAACACCCACUAUAGCUCCAAUGCCAGCUUCACCAUGCAGGUCCUUGGGGCUACGCUUGGUCCAGAGGAACGUGCUCUCUCAGACCGUGAAAGGGACACGUUGCUUGAUGUCGCUCGUCGUUCCAGGCGCAUUGCUUGUUUGCCUGUGAGUGCUCGCCUCAAAGGUCGCUUGGCAGCCACCGUGUUGGGGCCCAAAGCAGUGUGGGGCCAUGUGAUAAACGGUCGCUGCCCGACCCAGAAGGAUAUUGCCUGCUUCUUCCGCCACUACAAGGCGGCGACAAGUGACAACCGGUUUGUCAAAGGGCGCUCGUCCAUGGACCUCAAGCGGGCUUUCUUCUUUGGUCACACUUGCGACCUGGCCUUCUAUGGGGCCCUCCGCACCAUCAGUUCGGGUUUUGCCUGGGCACGUCACUGUGCCAGCUUGGGCGAGAACUGUCGCUGGAGCCAGUCUACGGUGUUUUGCCUCAAUAGCAUCCUGCAAGACUUGGGUUGGUGUGCUCAUAGCAAUGCUGUCGGCCAGAGCGGGGAUGUCCCUUGCAUUCAUUUUGGGGCAGUGAAGGCUGAAGUUGACAAAUGCCUCCAUCACAUUCGAGACGCGUGGCGUUUGAAAAAAGUGCGUCAGUGGUUGUCGCACCGCACCAGGAUUGAUAGUGGGAUAGGAUUGGUUGGAGCGGCUCCCAUCAAGUCACUAAGGAUCUCUUGGUGCAGAUGGGCACAAUCCGGGCAGCUGAAGCUGCUCGUCGUUUGGCACCUGCGGGUGCUGGCUGAGGCUGAAGCGUGGCUUCCUUGGGCUGCUAUGCACUGUGUUCUGCUGCUUGCGGCGGGGCAUGGGCAGCAUGCGGUCAGUGAACUGAAUUUUGCUUUGCUUCAUACCGUGUUGUCGCACACGCUCAUGUCAAAAGCCUUUGCAAUCAAGGUAUCUCGUCUCCAGACCAAUCUGCAGGAGCUUGACAAGACGGUGGAUGUUCUCCGGCCAUUCCCAACUAUUUAA